AUGGUGGUGAUCAGGCCAAACAGGAACGACGACCAGGCAACCCAGUCUUGCUCCGCACACCAGGAACCCGACGCGCCACACAGCAAUGCUCAGAGCGUUCUCUCCCUUGGCCAGGCCGUAGAACAGGAAGGUGGCCAGCACCUGUGUGAUGGCGUUGCAGGAGAUCCAUGCGGCGGUCCGCAGGCCGUGUUCGCUUUUUUUGUAGUACGAGCUGGUGACGAUAACAAACGCAGGCGACACACACCCUUCAAAAAAACCCAAAAACGCCCGAACGGUGACAAAGCCCGCGAAUGUGGCAGGCGCUGCAAGGCACAUGCACACUGCGGCCCAGAUAAUGACGCAGAUUCCCGUCACCAUUUUGGUCGGAAACUUACUGAGCAGAUACAUGUACACGAUCUGGGAGGCCAGCUGCGCCAGGUAGAAGCCAGACGUGCACCAGCUGUACUGGGGGCCGCUCAAGUGCAAAUCCUGGCGCAGCCCCACGAUCACCGCGUACGCCAGCGACUGCUUGUCCAAAUACUGUGCGAAGAACACUAG